CCUGUCUGUAGCUAAACACUUAUGCGGAUACAGUACUGAACAAAAACUUGGCCACAACCAUUGACCAAACCAACUUAGUUGCGUACAAUAACAAUAUAACACAGAGCGUACAAUAAUCCCUAGUGUGCUAAAUUACUCGGCGUUCAAGAUGGAAGGUGGGUAUGACAAAGCGUUCAUGGCCGCUGCAAUAGAGAUGGCAGAGGAGGCCCUCAAAGCAGGUGAAGUGCCCGUUGGCUGUGUCAUUGUACAUAAGGGGAGGAUAGUCGGUCGAGGACGGAACUACACCAAUGUGACGAAAAACGCUACCAAACAUGCGGAGUUCAUUGCCAUAGAACAGCAAGUGUACUACGGGUGCGUAAAUGGACGCUUUGGUGGUUCCGAAUCAAUAUAUCGUCUGCUCGACGACGAUUUCAAUGUGGCGAGUUCCGUUGCGGCUCCUGUAAGUAGUGAAUUCUCAAUUCAACACGAGGCAGGUGCACUCAGACCAGUACCAUUCGAGGGCGGAUUCCAGUCAGAGGAAUGCAUCGAACUGCUGAAAGGGUUUUACCGGAUAGAGAAUCCUACGGCUCCUCAACCAAUCAAUAAAGACAAUCGUUGA